AUGUCCAAAUGUGAUAUCUGUAAAAAAUCAUUUACAAAAUCUCUUCCCGGAUUGGAGUGUAGUAAGUGUGAAAAAAUUGUGCAUCUUAACACGAAAUGCAGUGGCUUGACAAACAAACAAAUCGCAGCACUGAAAGCGGCCUCCAGCCUGGAAUGGACUUGCCUUGAUUGUCAGCAGGAAUCACCGAGACGGAACUCAUCUAUUGUAAUCCCGGAAGAAAACGACGAAGAAGAUGAUAAACGCGUCUUAAUAAACUCCAAAAACUUGCUGAGUUCAAUAAGCAAGGAAGUCGAAAAAGCAAUAAAAAGUGAAAUGCGGGAACUGAACGAGUCUCUACAGUUCCAUAGUGCUAAGCUAGAAGAAGUGGUCGAAUGUAUAGAUGCAUUUAAACAAACCAUUAAAGUUCUAGAACGAAAAAACGUAGAGCUUACUAAUAAGAACAAGAAUUUGGAAACGCGGGUAGGUGCCCUUGAACAGCAACUGCAAGAAUUAGAGCAAGAAAAACUUACGAAUUGCAUAGAAAUAUCAAAUGUUCCCUACCAACCCACAGAAAAUGUCAAAAAACUGGUGGAAAGCAUCGCUCUGAAACUACAACAGCCCCUCGAAGGAAUAAAAAGUAUUCGAAGACUUCCUGGAAAAAAAGACCAUCCGGCGAACAUAAAGGUAGAAUUUCAAGACGAGCUUUUACAAGAGAAAUGGAUAUCAGCAGCAAAAUCCACUAAGACUACCGUAGCAGAUAUCUAUCCUACAGAAAAGAACAGCAAUAAUGUCGUGUACAUCAGAGAAGCAAUGACAAAAAAUAAUAAAAUUAUAUUGUGGCAGGCGAAGCAGGAUUUAAAAAAUAACCAGAAUUAUAAGUAUGUAUGGUUUAAGAAGGGAUAUGUAAAGGCACGUAAGGAUGACAGUUCAAAAAUUUACACAUUGAAAACCCUGCAUGAUCUAAAUGUUCUAACUAAGCUUUCUUAA